AUGAUCAUCGAGAUCAUGGAACGUGAGGAGGAGGCGACAAUUGUGUUGGCGGUGCUUCAGCACAGCUGGAUGGCCUUCUUCCAAGAAGGGCCGCCCAUCGCCUUCCUUGGCAUCAGCCCAAAGAACAUUACUUUGGGUCUGCUCGUCGGACCCCUCCAAGAGCCCAACCACCUCAAGACCUUCGACAUCGCCGACGUGACGGGUUUUUUGGACACCUGCAAGGUGGCGGCAGGCCAGGCCUUUGUGAUGGCACAACACACUUGA